AAAGAUAGGUAGGUACGCACUAAAGAAACCUUUUAUUGAAGAUAGGUACGUACGCACACCAACUGCCGUGUGAAUUGUGACUGUUGAAAUUUUGACAUACGAAUCCUCCUCCUCUGUAGCAGCGAGAAGAAGAAGAAGGCUGUUCUAAGUUGACUUUGUCUUCCUCAGAGUUCUGAGCAAUAAAAUCUCCGUUUUUAAGAAACAAAUUCUAAGGCCCCUUCUAGCAAUCAACGCUCUCCCGGUUUACCUCCCUAAACAUUUCAACUCCACAUUAGGUGAGUCAAGUUACGUUCCUGCGUACGCGGCAUAUAUAUGCGCGUUCAUACCGAAGAAAAUUCCCAAUUUCCCACAGUAUUUAUUUGCAAAUCGAUCUUGAUUCUUCGCAUCCAAGUUUUAAUUUUUUCUCAGGCGUUAAAUUAAUUUUUAUAUCUGAGCUCGUUUUAGCUAGCCUGGAAGCCAUUAGAGGUGAAAAAGCAUGGCAGCGACCCCAACUCGAAUUGGCCUUGCUGGCCUAGCUGUAAUGGGACAAAACCUUGCACUCAACAUAGCCGAGAAAGGGUUCCCGAUAUCCGUCUACAAUAGAUCAACCUCAAAAGUUGAUGAAACUGUUGAACGAGCCAAAGCAGAAGGUGAUCUCCCUCUCUACGGUUUUCACGACCCCAAAUCCUUUGUUCUCUCCAUCCAAAAGCCUCGUGUCAUCAUUAUCCUCGUCAAAGCUGGCUCACCAGUUGACCAGACCAUCAAAACCCUCUCAGCUUACCUGGAGAAAGGAGACUGUAUCAUCGAUGGAGGCAAUGAGUGGUAUGAGAACACCGAGAGGAGAGAAAAAGAAGCAGCCGAAUUGGGUUUGCUUUAUCUUGGAAUGGGAGUGUCUGGCGGUGAAGAAGGUGCUAGGCAAGGCCCAUCACUAAUGCCUGGAGGCUCUUUUGAGGCCUACAAGCACAUCGAAGACAUCCUACUCAAAGUAGCAGCCCAAGUCCCAGACAGCGGGCCAUGUGUGACUUACAUAGGCAAGGGCGGAUCUGGAAACUUUGUUAAAAUGGUUCACAAUGGGAUCGAGUAUGGUGACAUGCAAUUGAUUGCCGAAGCAUAUGAUGUUCUGAAAUCUGUGGGGAAGCUAUCCAAUGCCGAAUUGCAUGAGGUGUUCUCGGAGUGGAAUAAAGGGGAGCUCUUGAGCUUCUUGAUUGAGAUCACUGCUGAUAUAUUUGGAAUCAAGGACGACAAGGCAGACGGGUAUUUGGUGGAUAAGGUUUUGGACAAAACUGGCAUGAAGGGUACAGGAAAGUGGACGGUUCAGCAAGCUGCUGAACUGUCUGUUGCCACCCCGACAAUAGCUUCAUCACUGGACUCGAGAUUCCUCAGUGGGUUGAAGGAAGAGAGGGUCAAAGCAGCCAAGAUAUUUAAAUCCGGCGGGAUAGGUGAUGUCAUUGCUGACCAGGUUGUUGUUGACAAGAAGCAGCUGAUCGAUGACGUCAGGAUGGCACUUUAUGCCUCCAAGAUAUGCAGUUAUGCACAGGGGAUGAACUUGAUUCGUGCAAAGAGUGUCGAGAAAGGAUGGGAUUUGAAACUCGGUGAGCUGGCUCGGAUUUGGAAGGGGGGCUGCAUUAUCCGUGCUAUAUUUUUGGACCGUAUCAAGAAGGCCUAUGACAGAAACCCAGACCUUGCCAACCUCCUAGUGGAUGAAGAGUUUGCAAAGGAGAUAAUUGAAAGGCAGUCUGCUUGGCGAAGAGUUGUUUGCCUUGCUAUCAGCUCUGGUAUUAGUACCCCUGGCAUGUCUUCGAGUUUGGCUUAUUUUGACUCGUACAGGAGGGAAAGUCUGCCUGCCAAUUUGGUCCAAGCUCAGCGGGAUUACUUUGGGGCCCAUACGUACGAGAGGACAGACAUGUCGGGUUCCUUCCAUACCGAGUGGUUCAAGAUUGCCAAACAAUCAAAGAUUUGAUUUUCUUAAGCUCUACACAGUUGUUGAGCUGGACUGAUGCUGCUUAUGUGCUUAAUAAGGAUUCUUUGUGACCGAAAAUGUAAAAUUCAGUCAUGGAACCAUUCAAUCAUGCUUAAUAUGUUUGGAAUAUUUGGAAUUUAUUGAAGUUUAUUUAGUUUUGAUAAUUAUUUGUAAACCAGACCAUCUUUUAAUAAAAUCUUUAAGCUAAUGUAUCUUGUUUUUUGUUAACCAUGCCAUUGUAGCUCUAAGUCUCUAACACAGGCAUGCCUCUAAGCGUUACUUACAACACGCUAUACUUAUCCAU